GUUCGGUACAGUUCGUUGGAAGUCAGCGGUAGUCGUAGCCGGUAGCUCCGCUGAGCAGCCGCGCGCACUCCCUUCGGGCCGCCGCGCGCUCCGCUCCGCAUACCGCCGCUAUAAACAAAUAAUACUCUCCUGACAUAAACACAUUUAUUGUUCAAUGAAAACUUGCGAAAGCCUACUCGUUGGUACCGCAGCUCGCUCCGAUACGUACUGAGCCGCAGUGGACAGUAAAUCUAGCCGACCGGCCGCAAUGAAUUUAGACAAUAAUAAGGCUAGGUUUAAAGCUAUGCUAUUUGGAUGUUUGCAGUGAAAGGAACCGUCGAAAGUGGCGAUUCGGUGUGUAACUGUGUUGCGGUUAUUUUAUAUUAGAUGAAUAAGUGGAGCAUCUGUCCGAGAGUGCAUUAUGUACUUGAGUUAUGAGUGCCGGUGCUUCGCCGACUAGAUUGUGCUGAUUGAGUGCUAGCCAGUCCGAGCGGCCGCGCCGGCCCUGCUCGCACGAGACCGCUUCACUCCUCAUCUGAGAGCUCUUUGUAUUCAAAAAUGCCAGCGCUCCGACUGCUGGGGCGAAAAUGGCUGGCAGCCUCCGACGAUCUCGUGUUCCCCAGCAUCUUCGAACUACUCUUCAGAUUUGUAUGGCUAGUUUUAAUAGCAUUAGUAGUGGAGGUGCUAUACCCAGUGACAUGGCAGUGUCAGUCGGAGGGUUGGCAAGGCGGAGCGUUCGUGAGGCUGUAUCUCUGCGCGACGCUGACGCUGCAAGCUGCCCUGAUGCUGUUGCUGGCAGCCCUAGCACUCCAGUCAGCUAAGGGAACCAUCACCGACCUGGAUGCUAGGAAAAUGGUGUCGCCACUGCUUCUUAUAAAAGUGCUGCUAGUGUUCCCGGAGACGGCCCUAAACGUCAUGGGCACGAUGUGGAUGUUCUGCGAAGUGAUACAAUGUUCAGUCGACGACAAGUUCUCCAGCAUAGUCAUACAAAGUAUAGUCCUGUUCAACUGGGUGCAGCUAGGUCUGACAGUCUUCGGCCUAUUCAUGGUGUUUGAUCCCUUGGGGUCAGUGAACUAUGGAGACAUGCAGGACACCCCCAACCAGGUCCGACACCACAGGAAGGUCACCGGACUCUGGUCUCGAAGGUUUCGAUGGGCAUUCUGCUGGCUGAAGAGAGAUGAACAUGGAAAGGAAGCUUUUCAACAGGUUGCAGCUCUCCUAAGCGCCCUAUUCAGAUCAACGGACCUCGUCCCAUCAGACGUAGUAGCAGGUUGCGUUCUACUCAGGGUCCGCCAGAAAAGGGAGACGAGGGAAAUGAGAAGAAUCCAAAUGCUGAACGAUGAAGAACCAAUAUACACGACAGAUGUUAAUAAGAUAUUUUCGGAGACGCCUCCCUGGAUGAACUUGGAGGACGCCCUGCAUUACCUGAGGCUGUCCAUAGCAGCGUAUGGAUGGCCAUACGUGUUCUACCGACACUGCUUCACUGGCUUCUGCAAACUGGCCAGACACUUGACCUGCUGUUGUUGCAGGCCUAAGAACAGCAUAGUGACAGAUGACAACUGCUGCAUGUGCAACUUCGCCGGCGUGAAGUACAUGUCCAACCUUCCUGCAGACGAUAUCAUCUUCGCAUCUUUCAACAACCGAGUAUUUGAAUUACCAUUCUGCGUGAUAGCCGACCAUGAACGUGAGAGCAUAGUGGUAGCUGUGAGAGGUUCCAUCUCCUUGAGGGACAUCUUCACCGACUUCACUGCUGGAUCAGAGCGGUUUGAAGCUGAUGGUCUGCCCGAAGACACGGCAGCUCACAAGGGUAUGUCCAUGGGCGCCGCUAAGAUGCUGAAGCGUCUGCUGCCGGUGUUGGACCGCGCCUUCUCCCAGUACCCACAGUAUGACCUCGUACUAACUGGUCACAGCCUCGGCGCAGGAGUUGCAGUAUUAGUAGCAUUAAAGCUAAGACCAAGAUACCCACACCUCAAAGUAUUCGCCUUCUCAACGCCAGCUGGGCUCAUAAGUCGGGAAGCGGCUCGGUUCACCGAAUCGUUUGUGAUGACUGUUGGCGUUGGAGACGACCUGGUGAUGAGGCUCUCCGUGCAUAGCAUCGAGAAUCUCAGAACGAAGAUCAUACAGACUAUUCAUGCCACUAAAUUGCCUAAGUACCGGAUAAUGCUGAACGGCUUCGGGUACGCGUUAUUCGGGGUUCCCGCGCGGGACCUAGAAUCAACAUGGCGGCGGCCGGAGCAGCUUGAGGCGCAAAACUCGGAUGACUCCGCCGACGCGCUACUGGUCCAUAGCGUGUCCACAGUGAGUGCUGAAGCAGCAUUAGUAUCACGAGAUGUGUUCGCGCGUCGCUUCUCCUCAGCGAGACUGUUCACCCCGGGCCGGAUACUGCACAUCGUGCGGCGCAAGCGCAUGGGUAUCGAGAAGAAAGUGCGCACAACAGAACCAACAUACGAGAUGAGGUGGGCGUGUCCCGAGGACUUUAUGGAGCUGCAAGUAAUGCCGCGUAUGCUACUGGACCAUUUACCAGAGAACGUGCACCGCACCAUUCGCACCGUGCUAGAAGAACGACAUCGCUACAGAAUCACACAAACAGUUUAAAGAAAAAAGUGACAAACGGACACUUUACACUAAUGUGCUAUUAAAACUUUGAAGAAGAAAAUAGUGCAAGGUUUAACCGUUCUUCUCUAUAGCCUAAAAAUCAAUGGCUUAAUUUAUACGACAUUUAAAAUGUUCAGGGGCCUUAGUAUGUGUUUACUUUACGUUUAACGAGAUUAAAACGAGAACGCGUUCGGCGCUGUGAUUGGUUGGUUCAUUCGCGCCGGCCAAUCAAAACGCCGAACGCGCUUUCGUUUCGUUUUCGUUCAACGUAAAACAAACUCGUAGUAAGGGUACUGGUGUAGAUAGCAAAUGGUUGAAUGGACUAGCUACUCUAAUUAAAUAGGCAUAAGAAAAAUUCUUCUGAAGAAGAUUUAAAUAUUAAAGUACAAAAUGAAUGUUUAACUUGAUAAUUUUUCACAGUAAAGGUUGAAUUCAAGCAGAAACGCUUGUCGAUAUUUAGUUCGCAAUUUGCGAUAAAAACGUUAAUGACUUAUCGCAAGUUAAUUUUGAAAAAACUUUAAUGUCUUUUGAGUACUCCAGAACUCAACAUGAAUAUUUCACAUGAAGAUUUUAGCAAAACUAAGCAGCUUAUUGACUUCGCCUAUAUUUAAAAACGAUACUUGCCCAAAUGAUAUUGCCUGAUUAAUUUUAUAAUCAUUCUAGAACUCACGAAUUAUAUAUAAAAAUAUGUCAAUAUAAAUAAAUUGGCAAUAAAAGUCCUGUAAGCAUAUACAUGAAAAAUUGGGAGUCUGCACGAAAUAAACCAAUUAUGGCAACUAACAGUCAUUAUGGCAGCUUAAAGAAAUAAACGAAGCAGCUAAAACUAUGAAAUAAGUGUACAUUUUUAUAAAAUUUCAUGACUUUUCCAGAGCUAUUAGACAUGACAUUGUGAUUUUAUUUUAUCGUUCCUAAGCCUGACUCAAAUGCCUCUAAACUAGGAACCUCCUGUAAAUACAUACUUAAAAUAAUCAGAUUUUCAAUAUAAUUGAUAUUAUUGACCGAACCAGUGUCAAAAUCUACUCGUAGAAUAGAAUAAGGACCUGUGAGAAGACUGUGAUGAAAUGAAAAUAUUAAACUUAAGUGAUGUAUGUGCAUGUAUGCAAGUACCGCAACGGUAGCUAUAACACGGGCAAAAUAAACUUGGAAUCUUUGCAGUGUGCGAGACAUAUAGCUGUCUUUAUCGCUCUCGCUAUAAAUUGAGCUAUAUGUCUCGCUCUUUUUGUAUAAGAAACUUUGCAGAGCGACCAAAAUUAUUUGCUCGUACUGUAUAUUAUUAUUUUGUACAUAAUUUAGAGUAAGUUUAUAGUUAAGUUUCUAUUCGGUUCUGGCGUAUAUUGGGAGAAAUCGAUAGCAUUUAAAAGCAUUAAUUUUCCUAUUAUUAAAGCUGUAUAAUAAAGUGAUGAGCCUUAGUUUACUUGAUCAUGUUUCGUCUACCCAAAACAUACUUAAAGUUGCAAUUUCUGCCAAUAUAUGACUAAGCCUUUAAACUCACCACAGAUUACAAGCUAAGUAAUCGGUCAAUAUUGAUUUUGUGAAGAUAUAUCCUUGCAUAAUCUAUUGAUCGAUUAAAAGUUUGUAGUCUGCUAUACCUACUUCAAUAUUUAGGGAACUAUACCUCGUCCCAAUGUUUAACAUAUCAACGUUAAAAACGUUUUUUCUUUCAAAUCUACUGAACCUCUUCAAUUUCAAUUUCAAAUUGUGAAAACAAACAAUUUAUUUGCUCAAAAAAAGCAAUUUUAUUUCGAUUAAUCUUUAAGUAAGUUUCUUUGUGUAAAUUCUACUGCCAAAGUGUUGGUUGAAGAUACCUAAUUUUAAUUUUAUUCUGUACCGAUCUAUGUGUACCUACUUGCGUAUUUUGACACCGUCUUUGGUGUUUAAAUGUAAUUAAAACAAUAUAUAAUUAACAUUUUACCCAUUUAUAGAGGCAAUAAUCAGUAGAAAUGUUGGCUAAAAGCCUUUUUAUGACUAAACGUUGACAUCUAUCAUCAAUAGAGGUAUGUAUUACAUGUUGUAUUAACCCCAUUAACGUACGCCACGCCAUCUAUGUUAACGAGUUAUUAGAUGAACUAUACGAAAUUUCACUUCACUGCAGGCCAGUGUUGUAAUUCGAUUACUUUUUUUAGUUGCUGUUUUAAAUUUUAUUAUUUUGACGUUCGAAUACUGAAAUGCCACUCAAUAUCAUAAUAACAUUCAUUGCGAAAAAAUAUUGGACAGAAUUUGGAAUUAUGUGGCAACUUUUCGUAACUUUAUUAAUCGGCUUCGCUAUGGAACUAAAAACGAACGACUCAUUUUGAAGUGACUGUACUGUAAGUGCACCUCUAUCUAUGAACAAUUUGAGUGAUAUUACUAUCAUAUACUUGAGUGGCAUUCCAAUACUCGGGCCUAAUACUUGCGCAGCUACCACUAAGUACAAUAACUAGACGGUAGAAGUAGCUUAAAACGUUACCGAAGUCAAUUAUGUAAUAAAUUAUCUACAUUGCAUAAUAGUAACAUUAAUGUAAGUACAUUUAAGUAUAAAUUAUUUUCAUUGCUUACAAAAAUGCUCUAGCAACAGCUAAUCUGUUAUAAAUAUUUGUAAACAUGUAUUUUUGUAAACUUAGACGCCAUAGGUGUAUUAUAAAGUUGUUUCCCUUAGUUACCAAGCGAACAAACUGUUGUAUACUUAAAUAUAUAACGUUUUAUAUAAAUCAUAGCUCUGUAUAUAAAACUAUGAUGUGAUUUUAACAUUUUUAAUCACGUAAACAUUGAUCAAAGAGGUCUUCUUCAUUCUUACACAACUCUUUCAUCUUUCAUUUUUACACAACUCUGCUGUUUUGUCUAUGCUUUUUUAAAAAGUUUAUGAAAAUGCAUCUCCAUUUUUGAAAGUAGGCCUCGUUAAUGAUUGUUUUGUCGUAGGGACCUACAUUUAUUCAAUUUAGGUCCGUUUUAAAUAAUUCUUGUAAUAUAACCUGAACCUCGGGAACAAAAUUAUUGUGACUUGAUAAAAAUAUACUCUGACUUCACUUUUAGGUGAUAUUUAUGUAAAUAAAGCAUUUAACUUUGAAUAAUUUUUACAUUCCAAUUUGUAUUCUGUAGUUCACAGUCCGUGAGUUUAACUGUCUGUUUUAUUUUUACUUUUUUAAAAAUAAAUACUCUUUUAUUUGAGCUGUGCUGAGAAAAAGAAUAUCUUCGAAGAAGAGUUAGUUCAUUGUGUACCUCCAAAAAUUGUGAUUAUCAUAAGCUAUUGAUUGAUUUUCCAACAAAAUUACGUGAUAAUAAUUAUAUAAAAAAUUGUUAUGCCUUUUCUUGGUGCAGCUUUCAAUUUUAUAUAGUUAAAAUAUUUGAAUACGUUACAUACUAACUGCCACACUCAGAAUCAUUUAAUGAUUACUAAAAUUAUUCCUUAGUAACGAUUUUACAUCGUAAACGAUUGCUAAGGACUGGGUUAAGUAACCAUUAUGACUGAGUACGGCGGUAAGAGAAUAUUAUAUGAAUGUUACGUCAAUCUCAAGAUACUAUGUGACAAGUUGUUAGUAGAUAUAUUUUAUGAUAAAACUUCUCUGUCGUUUGUAUAUAAUGUUGUUUUAGCGCUCAGUACCGCGGAUACGUUACUUAAUACUUUUUAUUAUUACUUUUUAUAGUUUAUACGAAUUGGUACUGACGCGUCGUGUAUUCAAGUAUUAGAAGGACUCGUGUUCUUUUCACUUGUACCCUAAAUUAGGGCUUUAUAAUCUCUUUCACCUAUGUAAUAGAGUAUAGCCAAUGUCUUGUGUUGGGUUUUGUUUUAAUUUAUAAAUAAAAUCUAUUUUAAGUA